AUGAAACUGUACCGGUCCCUCUACAAUGUCACGAAGUUUCGAGGUGCGUUCGACUUCGGAGGACGUGAAGUAGCUCACUGGUUCCCAGGACACAUGGCUAAAGGACUGAAGCAAAUGAGAGCCAGUCUAAAGAGAGUGGACUGCGUCGUUGAAAUCCACGACGCUCGAAUACCGUUCUCUGGAAGAAACCCUAUGUUUCAGGAGACUCUGGACGUGAAACCGCAUUUGCUGGUCCUGAACAAAAUGGACUUGGCUGAUCUGACAAAUAAACAGAGGAUCCUGAAUAAGCUUAAUUCUAACGGAGUGAAGAAUGUUCUGUUCACUGACUGUCUAAAGCAGCGAGACAACAGUGUUACCAAGUUGGUGCCAACAGUCUUGGAGAUGAUUACAAAGUCGCCACGCUUUAACAGAGAAGAGAAUCAUAAUUAUUGCCUGAUGAUAAUUGGAGUACCCAAUGUGGGAAAGUCAUCACUUAUCAACUCACUAAGAAGGACACAUUUGAAAAAAGGCCGUGCGUCUCGAGUCGGCGGAGAGCCUGGGAUAACACGAGCCGUCCUUACUAAGAUUCAGGUGUGUGAACGCCCUAUUAUGCACCUACUAGACACACCUGGAGUCUUACCCCCGAAGAUAGAGAGUGUCGAAACGGGCAUGAAGCUCGCGUUGUGUGGAACUAUCCUGGAUCAUUUAGUGGGUGAGGAUGUUAUCGCUGACUACUUGCUGUAUUCUUUGAACCGUCUUGGAAACUUCAGUUAUGUGGAAAAAUACAACCUGGAAGAGCCCAGCGAUGACAUUCAAAAUGUCCUCAAACGCAUCGCUGUGAAGCUUAGGAAGGUUCAGCGUGUCAAAGCCCUCACUGGAGUGGGCAACGUUACCGUCACCGUUCCCAAUUAUCCAGCGGCUGCAUACGACUUCAUCCGAGCCUUUAGGAAAGGAGAGUUAGGCCAAGUAAUUCUGGACUAA